CCCGCGCCUCGCCCCGCCCCCGACCGACGGCGGGAAUUCUCCCCAGAGCCGUCGGAGCCUCGCACCUGCUGGGCUUUCCCGGGAGGCUAAGUGCCUGGGACUCCAUGGCCGUCGCCUUGCCAGGAGCCACGUUGCCCGCUGUCGUCGAGGAGCUCCUGAGCGAAAUGGCAGCGGCGGUGCAGGAAAACGCGCGAAUUCCUGACGAGCAUCUAUUAUCACUGAAGUUCAUCUUCGGCUCAUCGGCAGUCCAGGCUUUGGACCUCGUGGACCGACAGUCCGUCACCUUAAUCUCAUCACCCAGUGGGAGGCGUGUUUACCAGGUACUUGGAAGUUCUGGUAAAACAUACACGUGUCUGGCUUCUUGUCAUUACUGCUCGUGUCCUGCCUUUGCCUUCUCAGUGCUGCGGAAGAGUGACAGCCUGCUGUGCAAGCACCUCCUGGCGAUUUAUCUUAGUCAGGUGAUGGGAACCUGUCGACAGCUAACGGUCUCUGACAAGCAACUGACUGACCUAUUACUCAUGAAGAAGAAACAAGCAGCACAGAAGAUAUAGACGCUGUUAUCUUGUAGACAUGGUUAUCUUUCAAAACAGGAGUCCCACCCAGAAACACAUUUAACCUGCCAAGCUUCACACGGAAGAGAGGUGAAAUAGAUCUUCUGGAGACUUCUUGCCACUGCCUCUGUUCCCUCACGGGUAAGAGACUCAGCUGCACGCCAGAUGUGCGUGUGCUUUGAAGCUCUGCAAUUUCU